UCCAGCUCCGGCCAGAGCAGAUAAUUUGAGGAAAAUGGAAACAGAUGAGGCUCAAGAUAUGUCCCAAGUUUCUGGGAAAGAAAGUCCUCCAGUAAGUGAUGCUCCAGAUGACACUGAUGAGCCCAUGCCUGUACCAGAAGAUCUUUCAACUAGCACAGGAGGAUUGCCAAAUUCUAGAAAUGAAAGAGUUUUGGCCAGUAAUAUUAAAGUAGAGACACAGAGUGAUGAAGAGAAUGGGCAUGCCUGUGAAAUGAAUGGGGAAGAAUGUGCGGAGGAUUUACGAAUGCUUGAUGCCUCUGGAGACAAAAUGAAUGGCUCACACAGUGGCAGCAAAGCCAUGUCAGGAGUUGGAGGCAUUCGACUCCCUAACGGAAAGCUAAAGUGUGAUGUCUGUGGGAUAAUUUGCAUCGGUCCCAAUGUUCUUAUGGUUCACAAGAGAAGCCACACUGGCGAACGCCCCUUCCAGUGUAAUCAGUGUGGGGCAUCCUUUACUCAAAAGGGCAACCUUCUCCGCCACAUAAAGUUACACUCCGGCGAAAAGCCCUUCAAGUGCCACUUGUGUAACUAUGCUUGCCGUCGUAGAGAUGCUCUUACGGGCCAUCUGAGGACCCAUUCCGUUGGCAAACCUCAUAAAUGUGGAUAUUGUGGUCGGAGUUAUAAGCAGCGAAGCUCUUUGGAAGAACAUAAGGAGCGCUGCCACAACUAUUUACAAACCAUGAAUCUUUCAGGUGGCCUCUAUCCGGUCAUGAAAGAGGAAACCAGCCAAAGUGAAAUGGCUGAAGACCUGUGUAAGAUGGGAUCAGAGCGCUCCCUUAUGCUGGACAGACUAGCAAGUAACGUCGCCAAACGUAAGAGUUCUCUGCCUCAGAAAUUUGUUGGUGAGAAGUGUAUUUCUGAUAUGCCCUAUGAUGCAACCACCAAUUAUGAAAAGGAGAAUGAUAUGAUGCAAACCCAUGUCAUUGAUCAAGCUAUUAAUAAUGCCAUCAAUUAUCUAGGGGCAGAAUCUUUGCGCCCUUUGGUGCAGACACCCCCUGGUGGCUCAGAAGGAGUGUCUGUCAUCAGUCCAAUGUAUCAGCUUCACAAACCCCUUGGAGACAACCAUGCUCGAGCCAAUCAUGCAGUUCAGGACAGUGCAGUGGAAAACUUACUGCUACUUUCUAAAACCAAGUCCAUCUCUUCAGAAAGGGACCCUUCACCCAGCAACAGCGGCCAAGAUUCUACCGAUACCGAGAGCAAUAAUGAAGAACGUAGUGGUUUAAUAUACCUAACCAACCACAUAGUGCCUCAUGCACGGAAUGGCCUCUCCAUAAAAGAAGAACACAGGCAAUAUGAUGUCCUAAGAGGAAGCAAUGACAGCUCCCAAGAUGCUUUCAAAGUAAUCAAUGGCAAUGGGGAGCAAGUAAAAGUCUACAGAUGUGAACACUGUAGAAUUCUUUUUCUAGACCAUGUAAUGUAUACCAUCCACAUGGGUUGUCAUGGGUUCCGCAAUCCUUUUGAGUGUAAUAUGUGUGGCUAUCACAGCCAGGAUAGAUAUGAGUUUUCUUCCCACAUAACUCGCGGGGAACACCGCUUCCACAUGAAUUAAAACUUUUUCAGUAGUUAGUAUUUGGAUAUACAUGAACAGCAGCCAUAAAGAAAAUUUUUAAAAAACUACAAUGACCAGGAUAGUAGUCAAUAAAAAUACAUAUCAGAAAGCUGGGCUGCCAGAAAUGAGUUCUUAUAGCAUGCAUACAUGAAACAGUUUUAUAUUGAUAAUAGUGGUAUUUUGCAAAUGUAAGUAAACAAAAAUGUUAGUGUAGUAAACAGAAACUUUUAGUUAAGUGAAAGAACCUUUUUCUUGUUAGCAAGUUCACUCCCACUCCCCCACCCCUCCCAUUUAAGGCUGUUAAUUGUGCACACUCAUCUCUGAAUUUGACUGAAAUGUAGAAAGAUAAAAUUAGCACAUUUUUAUGCAGAUGUUUUGAAAAUACACUUUUUACACAUAAAAUUUUUGUAAUAAUUUGGUGGUUCCUUAAAUCAACAAUCUAGACUUAGAACAAGUUAAAGCUACUCAUUUUUCUGCCUACUCUUUGUGUCAACAGAAACAAUUUUUUUUCCUAACCAAUAAGAUGUGAAUGCUCUGAUCCCACGAUUUAGUUAAUGGAAGCAGAGUAUGGCCAGAAGAAUUUAAAGUUGUGUUGCUCUGAAAAUAGAUCACCAAUGCUAUUAUGUUAAUUGUAGAUAUCAUUUUCAUGAGUUAUUUAAAGAAAAAUCUACUUGCACCAAUUAAUUUGUGAAAGCAUAAAGUGCUUUGCCAAAAUCCAGAUCUUUUAAGUAAAAAUAUCUUCAAGGACCAAUGAUUCAGUUUUAAUACAACUACAAACUAAUCUUAAACUGAUUCAGUGUAAAUCAAUUGCAAAGUCUGACUGGUGAAAUAUAAAAGAAAGCCUAUUGUAUAAUUUGGAACAAUUACAUAUAUGCUGUAUUUUUAUCUGUUCUUGCCUUAUGGCAGUGCAGUAUUCUGUUUCUCAUGCAAUUUAGUUUAUAAAACAACUUGGAAGCUGGGAAGGGAUAUAACGAUGCUGGUUAACAAUGUUUUUUCUUCUUCUUUAAAACAUUAUCAUCACUUGUGCAACUUUUAGGCAUAGAAGAAGGGAGGACAUUUUAUUAGGGCUGUUGUGUGAAAUUUAUGUUCACUUUGUUGAAUAUUGAUGCUGGUAGCUUUUAGUCUUAUUAGUUGAUAAGAUUGAUAAAUAAUAUAUAACAAACUAUACAUAUUCAGUGUAGCCUGAUUUCAUUUGAUUCAGUUGCAUUAGGCUGUAAAACAUGCCCAAUUAGGAUAACACCUUUUUUAUAGAUCAAUUUGACGCAUUAUAGAUAAAUGGCCCAUCUUAUUGCUGAUUGUAAAACUGAUGAUAAUCUACACCAAUACACUUUUUUGUUGUUUUAUGGUUUUAAUGCUGCAUCUAAUAGAAAAUAGGGAAAGCUAAAAUGUUGAGAUCAUUUGAAGUAGAUAUUCUUAUGAAAAACUCAAUACAGAGGUACCUUGAAACUCAUCCUUAAUUGUUUCCAGGAGGUGCAACAAGCUUUUUAAAAAAAUGAGGAUCAAACGAAUUAUGUGACUUAUCAUGACCUUUUGUUUUGGCCAGAAAGAACUUAUCUGUUCCUUUUUCCCAUGUCAGUGAACUUCCCAGCAUGGCUGACUUCCAGGCUGCCCUCUGCAGCUGUCUCCCACUUCCUUUUGCAGCAAUUUUCCUGACUUUAUGCUUUCUGCCGCUAUCCCCCAUUUUGCAUUCUGAUGAUCACCAAACAAAUGAUGAUUACCGGAACAACAUUUUCCUCAUCAAAUUCAAUGAGUUUUGAAGCAGUUGGGUACCGAGUACCACUGCACUACCAAGUUAAAUCAUACCUGCAAACCCCAUACUUUGUUCAGUUUGCACUUAAAGCGCAUUUUUCUUUUUAUAAUACUUUUGUCUCUGUUCUUCAACUUGAAGAAUUUUGUACGCAUCCAUUUGAUAACAGUGAAAGAUUGUUCAUAUGUUAUAUAACAUGUUUGUCAACAUGUUAUAAAUAUCAACUGUUUGUCAUGAGGUAUAUGUUGAAUAGUCACAACCACUUCAGGUACACUUCAAGGCACUUCGAUGAACAUUUUACCAAAUAUUUGUUAUACUAAACACAUUUUUAGUAAACAUUUUAAAGUAAUGAAUUAUACACCUAAAACUAUUGCCCCUUCUAAUUGGCCUCUUCUAUAUCUAGCUUUUACAUUUGUAAUAUCUAAAAGUGGGUUUUCACUGGUGAGCCUUCAUUUUGAUUUAUCAUUUUUCAUAAGCACAAGCUGCCCACUACAUUGUACACACUGAUUUUUCCCAAAUGUAUAGACUGAUAUAUGUUCACAUUCAGUGGAAUUUGAGGCUUGGCUCCAUUCACUGAACAAAAUGGUCAACUUGUAGGUGAACAUCAGUACGAUUAUCAGGUAACCCUAAACAAUCUUCUGUGGUCCACAAGACAUAAGUGCAUUUAAAAUU